AUGGAGGCUGUGAGAAGGCUCAUCAUUUUAGCCUUCUUAAUGGUGCCAUGUUUGGCAGACUUGAACUUGACUAAGUCUGAAGGCAAAUCAAGCUGCCAGGCCAGUUUGGGAGGCUCCAGUCAAUCAGAUGCCCACAGAGCCCUAAUCCUGAACCUCCAUUCCAAUGAGGACUGUACCUGGACACUAGAAAGACCAGAAAACAAAAGCAUCAGAAUCAUCUUUUCCUACUUCCAGCUUGAUCCUGAUGGACCGUGUGAAAGUGAAAACAUUAAAGUUUUUGAUGGAAACUCUACCAAGGCGCCUCUGCUAGGCAAAGUCUGCAGUAAACAUGACUACAUUCCUGUUUUUGAGUCAUCAUCCAGUACAUUAACGGUUCAAAUAGUCACCGACUCUGUAGAAAGUCAAAGAACUGUCUUCAUCUUCUACUACUUCUUCUCUUCUGGCACCUCUAUUCCAAACUGUGGUGGCUACUUGGACAGCCCCAAAGGAUCCUUUACCAGCCCCAAUUACCCAAAUGCGCAUCCUGCACUGGCUUAUUGUGUGUGGCACAUACAAGUGGAGAAAGGUUAUAAGAUAAAAUUAAACUUCAGAGACAUUUUCAUAGAAGCGGACGAACACUGCAGAUUUGAUUUCAUUGCUGUCUAUGAUGGCUCCUCCACCACCUCUGGCCUGAUGGGACAAGUGUGUGGCUAUGUGAAGCCCACCUUUGAAUCCUCGUCAGACUCACUGACGGUCGUACUAUCGACAGAUUACGCCAACUCCUACCGGGGUUUCUCUGCUUCCUAUACUUCAAUUUAUGCAGAAAAUAUCAACACUACGUCUUUAACUUGCUCUUCUGACGAGAUGAGAAUCAUCAUAAAUAAAUCUUACCUGGAAUCAUUUACAUACAAUGAGAAUAACUUACAACUGAAUGACCCAACUUGCAGACCAAAGAUAUCCAAUGUGAUAGACUUUUCUAUCCCUCUUGAUGGAUGUGGUACAAUCAAAAAGGUAGAAGAUCAUUGUGUGACUUACACCAAUAUCAUCACUCUCAAUCCGCCCCCCACGUCUGAAGUGAUCACCCGUCAGAAACAUCUUCAGAUUAUUCUGAAGUGUGAAAUGGAACAGAAUUCCACUGUGGAGAUGAUGUACAUAACGGAAGACGACAUAAUACAAAAUGAAAGUGCGCUGGGCAAAUAUAACACAAGCAUGGCCCUUUUUGAGUCUAGUUCAUUUGAAAAGCCUAUACUGGAGUCACCAUAUUACGUGGAUUUGAACCAAACUCUCUUUGUUCAAGUCAGUCUGUAUACCUCGGAUCCAAAUUUGGUGGUGUUCCUGGACACCUGUAGAGCCUCUCCCACGCCUGACUUUGCAUCUCCAACUUAUGACCUAAUCAAGAGUGGAUGUAAUCGGGAUGAGACUUGCAAGGUGUAUCCCUUAUCUGAACGCUAUGGAAGAUUCCAAUUUAAUGCCUUUAAGUUCUUGAACAGUCUGGGCUCCGUGUAUCUACAGUGUAAGAUUUUGAUAUGUGAUAGUGGUGACCAUCAGUCUCGAUGCAGCCAAGGCUGUGUCUCUAGAACGAAACGAGACCUUUCUUCAUACAAAUGGAAGACUGAUGCUGUCAUAGGACCUAUUCGUCUGAAAAGGGAUCGAAGUGCAAGUGGAAAUACAGGAUUUCAGGAUCAGAUACACAAAGAAGAAACUCAGAGUCAACCUUUCAGCAGUCUGCAUCUAUUUUCAUUCACGGUCCUUGCUCUGAAUCUCGUGAUUGUGGCCGUGAUCAUAACAAGGCAUUUUGUGAAUCAGAGAACGGACUAUAAAUACCAGAAGCUUCAGAAUAUGAACUAA